GAGGGCUGCCACACUUUUUUGCAUAAAGCAUAGUCAUGGGUGCAUGUUCAGAGAUGAGAUGACAUCAAAGCUCGGCUGUGUGUAUAUUCUUCGUACACAGGUAGUACUUAAAGUGCCUUUCAAAGCUCUUUCCUCUUAGGAACAGAGAGAGGGUCUCUAAUUUGUUCCAGACAUGAGAUAUCGAGCUCUUUUGCACCUUGCUGCUAUAAUUGUUGUCCUCUUGAUAACAUGGGGACUCUCCAUCAAUUCAUUUGACGUGCAGGAGAAAGCAAGAACUAUUCUUGGAUUUUAUGCUAUAGAUCAAAUGAAGCUUAAAUUAAGAACAGCAGCUUCACUUAAGUUGCCAAAGUGCAGCCUCUCCAGAGUCUGUCCACCCGACCAUUUUGCUUUACACCUCAGGAGUGGAGCAGCUAAUGUUGUUGGACCAAAGAUCUGUUUUGAUGGUAAAAUCAUCAUGAGUCAUGUGUUGAAUAACGUGGGACCAGGACUGAACAUUGUGGUGGUGAAUGGUGAAAAUGGAGUUGUGGAAAAAUCUGGCUAUCUUAAUAUGAACGCUGGAAACCCAGAAGACAUCCUAGCAUACCUGAAGGAGAUUAAACGUGGAAUGAUUGUUUUGGUGGCCUCGUUUGAUGACGUGACAACAAAAAUGUCAAACGAAAUGAGGGAGUUAUUUGUUGGAAUGGGAAGCACUUUGAUCAAGUCUGUAAAACGUCGAGACAGCUGGGUGUUUGCAGGAAGAGCGGGGGCAGAAAACAAAAGCAUUUUUGAGAAGCAAGCUGUUAAUGAUGAGAAAACCAAUGUCUAUGAAGGAUGGCCGGACAUGGUGGAGGUGGGCGGCUGUUUCCCAAGAACUGUAACAGAUGAACAUAAACCUUAAAGGAUUGUUGUAAUGAACUGCAGACUUAGAUUUCUUUUUUAUUAAUGGCCAUUUAAGACUUGUAAAAGUGAUGUUACACUGAACAGUUUUACACUCUUCCUCAAACUCAAAACCAAACUUUUUGGACUUAAUAUUAGUUUAGUAUUAUAUGUUUGUACUCAAUUUACCUUCUAUUAUUAUUCAGUUUCUCUACAAUUAUUUUAUUUUUUUUACUGCUACUUCUUUCUGCCCGCUGUGUGAUAUUAUAAAAUUGCAAGUAGUAAAACCUUUGAGGCAGAUUUUAUACUUGUCAUUUUGGGGUUAUAUAAAUACAGCUGACUUGACUUGACUAGUGCUGUUAACAGUAAUAGAAAAUGCACAGUGAACGUUCAAUGAAUGGAAAGAAAGAAAAAACACCUGAAAUAGUAACAAAGGCGAUUGAAUGCUGUGCAAGUGUCUUUUACUGGUGGACUUUAAUGUGCCAACAUUUUCAUCACUCGAGGAUCAAUGAACAAUAUUUGUUCUAAUUACUGGUGUGUG